AUGGCGGCCAUUACCACCACAACCGCGUCCUCCUCCUUCCUCCACCGCCGUAUCUCCUCGUCACCACCAACAACCACCAUCCCGCUCCCGCGUAGCCACCUGGUUCCCUUCCACGCGCGCAACCGGUGCCACUACAGGCUCACCUGCCGCGCCACCGAUGUGUCCGGGGCCGAGCCCUCGGCGCCACCAGAGACCGGUGGGGGCAACAGCUGGUUACCGGUGGUGCCGCUGGCGGCGCUCCCGCGGGGAGAGCGCCGUGUGAUCGUACAGGACGGCGAGGAGAUCCUGCUUCUCUGGUACAAGGAUGAGGUCUUCGCCAUCGAGAACCGCUCCCCGGCGGAGGGCGCGUACACCGAGGGCCUCCUCAACGCCAAGCUCACGCAGAGAUUUGGUGUUCAAUUUCUUGAAUUUCAUGUCAUUGACAGUUUUGCCACUACUGAUGGCUGCAUUGUUUGCCCAUCAACAGAUAGUACCUUUGAUCUUCGCACUGGGGAAAUAGAAGAGUGGUAUCCGAAAAACCCUGUUUUAAGGGCUCUGACACCUGUAUUGAGAAAACUAUUCGUGUACCCUGCAAAAACGGAUGGAGAAAAUAUAUACAUCAGCAUUAGGGGCGCUGCUAGCUCUGGUGGAUCAGCUGAGAUUCUGUUCAGCGGGAAAGCUCAACCAGGGAGUACUGCAUCUGAUGUCAACAUCGAAGAGGUUAGAAUGGUGGUCGAUGAAGGUGUAGGAGGUUUUGGUUUCACUGCUUACAAUGAACUGGUCAACGGAAAAGCUGCCAUAAUUGGCUUUCUAUUGUUGAUAGAUUUUGAACUUUUAACUGGUAAAGGCCUUCUAAAGGGGACUGGUUUGUUGGACUUCAUCUAUGCAAUUUCAAGUGCUUUCAGCUCGUAA